GUUUUUUAUUAAUAAUUUGCGUAAUUAAUCAUACAACUAGAGUGAAUUCGGACCGAAUAUGCAAUUUACAACAUGAAGAAACACGGGUGGUAAUAAAUAAUUUAAAUGAUGGAGGCCAUAUCGGAACAUGGAAGUGAUUCACUGCAAAACAGCGAAUUUGAUUCUCUUGGGCCUUCUCCUACUCGAAAUGGAAGCGAAAAGGGUAAUGCACCAAAGGUUCCCAAACGUAGAAGCACAAUGAAACGUGUAGCUUCCAGGAUACAACGAGCGACAUCGAGUUCAUCGCUAUGGGGGCAAAAUAACAGCCCUGUUACUGUUGACAUUCCGACUGACGGCGAAGUUUUUCAGUCGGUGGUCGAAACGGAUGGAAUAUUUAAAUCAAAAGAGAAAAGCAAGAAGGUCGCGCCAGAGAUUAAGCUGACCACUGCAGCUGAUGCUUCUCCUACGAACGUAGUUUCACCGAAAAAGAAGUCCCGCAAAGGAACCAUGACUAAUAAAAUGAAUCCAUUUGGUCAAAGGAUGCGACGUUCAAAGUCUGUGAUUGAAGAAACCACUAUUGCACAUCAGCAGAUAGCAGUCCCGAUAAUUUCUGAUGAGCUAAAUUAUCAAGAAAUUGCCGAGGAGUUGAAGCAAAACGAGUUGGAAGUAAAUGAAGAUCGGAAACGUGCUCCCACUCAGUCAUGGGUCAUGGAAGUCGAAUACGGAAAGGCUGACAUUGAUUCAGUUGAAUAUGGCCAUGACAUUAUUAUCCAAGAAAUAGAAAGCGGUUUCUUUUUGGGUCCAGUUUUAAGGGCUGUGUAUGAAGGAAAUGACCACGCAAAGUUUUUGGAUCGGCUUGAUUGUAGAAUUAAGCAACAUGACCGAGACAUUGAGAGGAUGUGUAACUUUCAUUACCAAGGCUUCAUUGAAUCAAUUACAGAACUUAUAAAUGUUAGAAGUGAUGCAGAGAGAUUAAAAAACCAAACACUGAUUAUCAACAAAGAGUUGCAAGAAUCUGGUAAAGAAGUUGCAAGAAAAAGUGACGACCUGAUUCAAUGUCAGUUGCAGCAACGAAAUGUAGCUUCUGCUAUUGAGAAGUUAUCCAUGUGCUUACCUGUGCUGCAGAUGUAUGCCAAGAUGUGUGAACAAAUGAAAGCUGGAAGAUAUUACUCUGCAUUGAAGACCUUGGAACAAUUAGAGCACACACAUCUUCCACUUAUCUUCCAAUAUCGCUUCUGUGAGAUCAUGAAGAACAACAUCCCAAAGAUUAGGGAGGAGAUCAAAGAUGUUUCUAUGAAAGAGUUAAAGGACUUUCUGGAAAGUGUAAGGAAGAACUCGGAUAAAAUUGGGAUGGUUGCCAUGAAACAGGUUGAAAAAGAGAGAGGAGUUCACCUGGUCAGUAACCAACAGAGCGACAAAUCAGUGUCUGAAGAUGAGAGUCCUGCAGAGGCAGAUUUGCCCGCUUAUGAUUACAAAGAUCGGUUACGACAGCAAAAGCUUGCGCAGAACAAACUGUCUAAUGUUGUAAAUGGGGAGUCAAAAUGGACAACUGCCAAUGUAAACCAGUCAGCCUCACCAAAACCACAACGGAAAUUAAACCCAUUUGAAGAUAUAUCAGAUGGAGAAGACGAUAAAGAUGAACGAAACCCCUUUGAGAAUUCAAACCCAUUUUCGACUUCAGAUAACCCUGUUGAUACGAACCCUUUCUCUGUAGAAGAACAUGUGCCAUUAGUGAAGCCCCGGGCAGGAACCUAUGUGAACCAUUCGCUGGUAGAUGAGUUUACCACAGGUGCUGAUAUGAACUCAGAGAAUGAUGGGAAAUAUGAGGAUUUAUCGGCAUCUGAUUUGGUUGAUUUCUCCCCAGUGUAUAAAUGCUUACACAUUUUCGGUCUUGUUGGUGCACAGGCGCAGUUUGAAACAUAUUAUCGCACCCAGAGGAAAAACCAGGCACGUCUCGUGCUUGAACCUCCAGCAACACUGCAAGAUAACCCUGAAGCUUUUGCGCAGUACUUCUAUCAAAUAGUAGGAUUCUUUGUAGUUGAAGACCAUGUUUUACACACAGCAACCAACCUUAUAAGUCGGCAAGUGAUGGAUGAUUUAUGGGAAAUGGCUUUAUCUAAGCUGGUAGCUGUGCUUCAAACAGACUCAGGUUAUUGUAGUGAUGCAGUUUCAAUGAUGAAAGUCAAGAAUUUAAUUGUUAUUUUCGCCGAUACAUUAAAGGCUUACGGAUUCUCAGUGGGUCGCUUAUUUGGACUUCUAAUGGAGAUGCGAGACUCCUAUGGAGAAAUAUUAUUAAAACAUUGGUCAAAAAAAUUCUCAGAUAUAUUUGAUGAGGAUAAUUACACAGCAAUGGUGUUGGAGGAUAAUGGUGAAGUUCAAGCUUUGUUUGAGACCUUUCCUUAUGAAAGUCCUGGUUUUGAAAAUGAGAAGUUCCCUCGUAAAUUACCUUUCUCUCUGUUUGUUCCUCGUAUUUUCACUGAAAUGAAGAGGUUUAUUUUAUCCUGUCUCAAAUAUUGUGAAGAUUUACAUUUAAGUUCCACAGAGGUAGAUGACAUGAUAAGAAAGUCCACCAACCUUCUUCUAACAAGGACACUCGCAUCCAGUUUACAAACUUUGGUUCAAAAACCUUCUCUUGGUCUUACUGAGUUGGUACAGAUCAUUGUAAACACCACACACUUAGAAAACUCAUGUCAUCAUAUAGAAGAUUUUGUUCAUUCUAUCACUGGUGUGAGGGUAGGCAGUGCACAUUCUGCCAAACUUGUUGGUGUAUCUACAUUUAAAGAUGCUCGGAAUGGUACAGAAGCACAAAUAUACAGCAAACUGAACAGCAAAAUUGAUGAGUUUUUUGAGCUUGCUGAGUAUGAUUGGGGAGUAAAAGAACCACAAGGAAGAGCCAGUCGUUACUUGCUUGAUCUAAUAGCAUUUCUGCAGCAUAACUUUGAAGUUUUUACCAAUUUACCGUCAAAAGUUGCACAGACAGCCUGCAUGUCUGCUUGUCGUCAUAUAAGUUCUAGCCUUAUGGAGCUCAUUGUAGAUAAGGACAUCAAAAUUGUAACUAUGGCUGCUUUGCAACAAUUCAAUCUUGAUGUAAUGCAGUGUGAAUUGUUUGCAAACUCCGAGCCUGUUCCGGGCUUCAGGGAUGGUGCUCUUCAGAUGAGUUUUGUGGAGCUUCGGCAACUCCUUGAUCUCUUCCUCUCAUGGGAUUGGUCAUCUUAUCUCGCAGAUUAUGGGAGUGGAAGCAGCAAGUAUCUUCGUGUGAGUCCUGGUACUGCACUUGCGUUGCUUGAAAAGAUCAAGGAGGAGAGAGGACAUCGGAAUAUUUUCACCUCUCUCAGUAAACAAGAGAGAGAAAAGAAGAAAUUGCUUGAAACUGUUGUUCGCCAACUUCGAGGAAUUGUCAAUGCUGCAUGAUGAAAGGACAAGCUACAAACCAUGGAUGGUCAAAUGACUUCUACUCCAAGAAAAAGAUCUCGUUUUCUAAGCGCAAGUAAAUCAUGAAAAGAAACUUAAAUUUGAUUCACUGAAGUUUUUUAUUCAAAACUUUCCUCCAUAGUAGAAACGCAAGAUGUAAACUUAAAAUGCUGUGUUACUGCUUCUAUCUGCCCUAAAUCUGUGUUCGUCAAUUUCAAUUCCAUGUUAUCCAGUGCACUUGCUGUCUAGCGUCGUUCUCUUUCUCUCGCUUGCUUUUAAUCAUAUGUGUAUACAAGCAGAAAUAUGCAUGAUUUCCCAAAGAAUGUGUAUGUUCAAACAAGAGCCCAAAGCAAUUCUUACUGAACUUUAAGUCAUGGGAAGGUGGAUGGUGCUUUAGAGGUUAUGUUUUACAUCGUGAAAUAGUGUUUUAACCACUGUUGUUAAAUGAACGUUUAAUUUUGUCACAAAUAUUAUGAUUAACGUUUGAUAUCUCAGUGUUCUCAUUAUAUGUUUGUUUCCUAUAUUUUAAUGCAUAACUAUUGACUAGAGAAUAAAUAUAUUCACAUUGCUUUAUA